AUGGCUCCUCAAAACCCCAAUAACAGCAACGGAGCUCACAAGGAUACCAGCAAAGCCCUCCCGACGCAACCAGCUAUUGAUGGCGCUCAGGGCAGGGUAAAUAGCUACGGUCGGUAUAUAUGUCAAAUCCUGGUCAACGGAAGACCCUGCGGUGCUACUAUGAAGAAUGAGAAACGUAAUAUUCGUUCUCAUUUGUCAAAAAAACAUAGGGCCCAAUCGGCAUAUGCGAAGAACCAGGUCAAGACCGAUGUUUGGCCCUGCCCAGAGAAGUGUGGAAUGGAAUAUAAAAAUUUUCAUUCCAUGCUUCGCCACAUGCGUGUGAUCCAUAGGUUCACUGGAAAGUCGGCUGGGCUAAAAGAAAAGUCCAAGAAUCUUCGAGGUUCAACAUCCCAAACAGGUGGCGUAAGUUCCGACACGGACUCCGGCUUUGAUGACGAAUAUAUACCACCACCUGACCGGCCUGAUCGCGGCCCUGGGGGUGGUAGCAAUCAAGAUCCUCCCGGCGCUAGUGGAGGCUCUCUUAUACCUGCCGCCGCAUAAUUACCCACGCCG